AUGGAAGGGAUUGGGGUUGUGAGAAUGGGAGGGAAGAAAUCAGCCAAAUCCCGCGAGAAACCCCCCUUUGCCGUCUUCGACACCGCCCCCUUCGACGUCUGGCGUGGGUUACCAGACAAACGUUUGUCGCUCGACCCCGGUGACGUGUCGAACGCCCCCUCCCGCUUUGAAAGGGGCGUUUCAGCUGCAUGCAGGGCGCCCCACCUCAUGCAACCAACCACCAAUAGGGCCCCGCCACCCUCUGCCAAAAGCUCCUCCCGCCGCCGCGGAACGCGCCCUGCCUCGUCGCCCUUGCACCCGAGUCUCCCGGUAGCAUCCCCACCGUCGCGUGCCCGUCAGACCGUCGACAAGUUCGUCGAGGACAAUGAGGUCAUCGUACUCGACCGGUCGCCCCUUCAGAAGGCCUCCGAAGCGGCACCGAAGCCUCCGCCUAAUGCUUUUGCUCCGCUGCGGGACAUGCUGCAGGGCCUCGGGAAAAGGGGUGGGAAAGGAGUGGUUGCGGGGGAGAAAAGUGGUGCCUCAGCCGGGAAAGGAGCCGUGGAAAAGCGAGGUGCCCCUACCCCGUCCGGCGGCGCUGCGGGGAAAGGAGCGGCGGAGGCAUGGGGCACUGCCCGCCUUAGCGAACCGUGUUCCCCUCCUCUUGGUCCUAUUACUGCGUCGAAGAAAAGGCAGGCUGUGACGGAGUCGUCGAAGCGAGCUGCAGAGGCGACAGAGAGCAGUGAUGCGGUGGAGAUGGGCAGCCUCCUUGGCCAAGCUCCUGUCGAGACGGCGUCUACCUUCGUUGCUGCUCGACAGGAGAAGGCGAAAAAUGUGAAGGUGCUCGCCUACGCCCCACCUCCACCGGACGACCAAGGCAAGACGUACGGCACCAAAGCUCCCUUCAAAGGACCAGGCAUGAUGCCGCAGAAGGGGAAGUUCGUUUCCGAGCAGACCAUCGGCGGGAGGAAGCGGUUCCUGGGCACUUUUGAAACGGAGGAGGACCAAAAGUUUUGUCCGGCCAUCUGCUGGCGCGUGUACUUCCCCAACAUAGACCUUCGGAAGUACGAUAGGUUCACGGCGCAGGAUGAGGAGCAGUGGAAGGUCUAUCUCGAUGCAGCCGCUGGUAUGCCCACCGGCGUUUGGAGCGAGGCGCAAGAACAAGAGGAAUGCCGCUUCGAAGAGUGA